UAGUGAAAGAGCUUUUGAAUCUCAUUACGUACCUCCACGGCACAUUGGAGCUAAUCGCGUCAGGUUGUAUAAAACUGCAUGAAGCUCUCUGCCGGGCAUCGGGAGACUACUUACUCAACCUAUUGGAUAUUACAAAAACAGUAACGUGGUGGAUUAUUGCCAUAUAAAAUGUGCUUGUUAGCCAGUAGGAAUAUGGAUUGCUAACAUAAAUAAGUCUCAUUCUGACGAGUUUAUUUAUUUUAGAACUGAAAAGACUGAUUUAGAGUGAAUUCAUUUCGAUUUUAAGUGUCUGUGAUCUGGCUUUGCAGCCAUAAUAACAUUCGGAGAAUACCGAUCUCAGACUUGUCAUCAGUGAAUACCAGUAUUUGAAGGGGAACAUGGAUUUCAGGAUUAUACUUGGUUUAGGUUUGCUGGUCGCCAUUUAUUCUCCUGGCUCCGAAGCAGUAGGAGAAUGCAACAGCUUUCCAUGUAGAAACGGCGCAGCGUGUCAAGAGGGCACUGAUCACUAUAUCUGUAUAUGUCAGCAGAAUUGGAUCGGAACAAACUGUGAUACAUCAUUCCCAAAUUGGGUCGGAUCAUGCGGAGGUAGAUACUUCUCUCAAGCCGGGAUCUUCUCAUCUCCUAAUUAUCCUCUAAACUACGGAUCAUUGGAGCUAUGUAUCUAUCUCAUCCGAAUCCCUAACGCCCAGAACAUCCAGAUCAGACUGACUGAGUUCAAACUCGAAACCAACAAGGAUUUCUUAGAGAUUGGUGGUGGGGCUGUACCGGCCUACGGUGAUGGUCAGGUCCAGUUAACCGGGACCAACCUCUCUCUGCCAAUUGUGGAAUUGAUCGACGACAGACAAGCUUGGAUGAUCUUCAACAGUGAUAUCAACAACGAGGAAAAGGGAUUUCAAGUUGAAUACAUCGCAGAUCUGGAUGCAUGUGCUUCGUCUCCGUGUCGGAACUCUGGAGUGUGCGUAGAUGGCGUGUUCACAUUUGAUUGUGUUUGUACAGCUGGCUGGACAGGAACAACCUGUAACACAAAUAUUGAUGAGUGUAACAGCGAUCCCUGUCAGAAUGGGAUGUGCUCUGACCAGAUCAACGGAUAUAUCUGCUCGUGUGACGCUGGUUGGACGGGAACCAAUUGUGACACCAAUAUUGAUGAGUGUUCUAGUUUGCCAUGCGCUAAUGGAGGAGAUUGUGUUGAUGGAGUUAACGGUUAUACAUGUGUGUGCCAGCCAGGAUACACGAGUGCACAUUGUGAGACGGAGAUUGAUGAGUGCGCCAGUAACCCUUGUGUGAAUGGAGCGACUUGUAACGAUCAGGUCAACCAGUAUUCAUGCUCAUGUGCUGCUGGAUGGACUGGGGAAUUCUGUCACCUCAAUAUUGAUGAAUGUGCCAGUAAUCCUUGUCGAAACGGAGGUACAUGCGGGGACAUUGUUAAUGGAUAUAACUGCAUAUGUGCAUCUGGGUUUGAAGGCUCUAAUUGCGAAACAGAUAUCAAUGAAUGUGCCAGUCAGCCCUGUCUAAACCUAGGUGUUUGCCAGGAUGCUGUUAAUGGAUUCACCUGUGUGUGCAGCUCGGGAUGGACAGGAACUAUCUGCGAUCAAAAUAUCAAUGAGUGUGCAAGCUCGCCUUGUGUCAACGGUGAUUGUGUGGACGGAAUCAACCGCUAUAGCUGUGACUGUGAUUCUGGCUGGCAUGGUAUUAAUUGUGACCUAGAUUAUGAUGAAUGUGGACAAUCGCCAUGUUUCAAUGGAGGUGGAUGUAUAAAUGGAUUAGACAUGUUUACAUGUGUGUGUACUUCUGGCUGGACCGGUGUCGUCUGUACUGAGGAUGUAAACGAAUGCGAUAGUAACCCAUGUGCCAAUGCUAUACAGUGUGCCAACGGUCGUAAUAGAUAUACGUGUACGUGUCAGGCUGGAUGGACGGGCACAAACUGUGAUCAGAAUAUCAACGAAUGCAUCAGCAACCCAUGCCAGAAUAGUGGUCUAUGUGUUGAUGGCGUCAAUGGAUAUACUUGUGAUUGUCAGAAUGGCUACGAGGGAACACACUGUGAAAUAGAAAUAAACGAGUGUCUAAGCCUACCAUGUCAGAAUUCCGGAGUAUGCACUGAUCAGAUCAACAGUUAUAUCUGCACCUGUUUGCUUGGAUUCCAAGGACCACAAUGCCAAAAUGAGAUCGAUGAAUGUGCGAGUAACCCGUGUUUGUUUGGUGACUGUGUGGACAUGAUUGCUCGCUUCAGCUGUGUCUGUUUGGGCGGCUAUACUGGAGUCACAUGCGGAGAAAAUAUCAAUGAAUGUGUUAGCAACCCUUGUGCUAAUGGAGGAAUCUGUGAUGAUUUAGUGGCUGCCUAUCAGUGCGCAUGUACGUCGGGAUGGACUGGCGGUAACUGCCAGCAAAAUAUCAAUGAAUGUAAUAGCUUGCCGUGCCAAAAUGGAGGUAACUGCGGAGAUUUGGUGAAUGGAUACAUCUGUUCAUGUGCUUCAGGCUACACUGGAACACUCUGCGAAACAGAAACGAACGAGUGUGAUUCAACCCCUUGUCAGAAUGGUGGACAGUGCACAGAUUUGAUAAAUGCAUAUUCUUGCUCUUGUACUAGCGGGUAUACGGGUACCGUUUGCGAGACAGAUAUUGACGAAUGCGGUAGCAGCCCAUGUCAGAACAAUGGUAUGUGUAUUGAUCAAGUCAAUGGAUAUCUCUGCGGCUGUUUGGAUGGAUUCACAGGAACACACUGUGAAAGCAACAUCAACGAAUGUGCCAGCAACCCUUGUCAGAAUGGAGCCACCUGUGUGGAUAGAGUAAAUGGCUAUGAAUGUAACUGUGCCAACGGCUGGGUUGGUACACGCUGUGAAACAAACUUCAAUGAAUGUGCGAGCAAUCCUUGUCUCAACGGAGCAUCAUGUGUGGAUGGGUUGAAUCAAUUCACAUGUAAUUGCCCACCUGGAUGGUCCGGUACAAUCUGCGACCGAGAUAUUGAUGAAUGCAACAGUUCUCCAUGUCAAAAUGGUGCCCAGUGUCAAAACUUUGAAAAUCGCUAUCAGUGUACCUGUGCUCCUGGAUGGCAGUCAACUAAUUGUGACGUCGAUCUAAAUGAGUGUGCUAGCAACCCCUGUCAGAAUGGAGCAGCCUGUAAUAACGGACAGAACAGAUAUACAUGUACAUGUCUGCCAGGAUGGGAUGGGCCUAACUGCGAACUAAACAUCGAUGAAUGUUUUAGCGGGCCAUGCUUUAAUGGAGCGACUUGUCUUGAUAUGAUCGAUGGCUAUGAAUGCGAAUGUGCACCAGGAUGGAAUGGAACUACUUGUGGAAUAGAUAUCAAUGAAUGCGAGUCCAAUCCAUGUCAGAAUAGUGCACCAUGUUCAAACCAAGAGAAUGAAUUCGUCUGUAGCUGUCCGCCAGGCUACGAUGGAGAGAUGUGUGAAAACGAUAUCAACGAAUGUAAUAGCGCCCCUUGCCAGAACGGGGGAACGUGUAAUAAUGAAAUCGAUGGGUUUACCUGUGAUUGUAGGAAUGGAUACGGAGGAAUCAUGUGUCAAACUGAAAUCAACGAAUGUGAAAGCGACCCAUGUUUGAAUGGAGCAGACUGUAAUAAUAACCUAGGUGCCUGGGAAUGUUUAUGCGCCCCUGGAUUUACCGGAAUCAUGUGUGAAACAGAUAUUAAUGAAUGUUCGUCUUCCCCGUGUCAGAACAACGGAACAUGUGUAAAUGAAAGGAAUCAUUAUACAUGUGAAUGCAAUGCAGGUUACCAGGGAUAUAACUGUGAAACAGAAAUCAACGAGUGUUAUAGCAAUCCCUGUACUAAUGGAGGGACCUGUACUAAUCUGAUAGAUGAAUUCGAGUGCGCAUGCCUACUUGGUUUCACGGGAGAACGCUGCCAAACAGAAAUCGAUGAAUGCAGUAGUGCGCCUUGUUUAAACUCUGCCACCUGUGUCGACCAAGUGAAUGGAUACAGGUGUCUCUGUCCGCCCGGAUGGACAGGUAUCAAUUGCGAUCAAGAUAUUGAUGAAUGCGCUACGUUGCCUUGUCAAAAUGAAGGUAUUUGUAACAACGGUCAAAAUGAAUAUACAUGUACGUGUAUCAACGGAUGGCAAGGCACAAACUGCAAUACAGAUAUAAAUGAAUGUUCAAGUAACCCAUGUCAGAAUGGAGCUCAGUGUGUAAAUGGACGUAACGUCUACAGCUGUGCAUGUGCUCAGGGAUUCCAAGGGCUCAACUGUGAAAUUGAUGUUGAUGAGUGUAACAGCCAACCGUGUAUGAACGGAGGAACGUGCUUUAAUCAACAAGGAGGGUUUAGAUGUAGCUGUGAUACAGGCUGGACAGGAGAACAAUGUCUUACUGAUAUUGAUAAUUGUGCCACCAACCCUUGUCAGAAUGGAGCAGUAUGCAGGGAUUACCUCAAUCGAUAUGAAUGCACAUGUGCUAGCGGGUAUGACGGAUUUAAUUGUCAAAAUGACCUGAACGAAUGUGAUAGCAACCCAUGUAUGAACGGUGGUGUAUGUACCGAUGGUCCAGACUCGUUCUCCUGCGCAUGCCCAGAUGCAUGGACUGGACUGAGAUGUGAAACAGAUUUUAACGAGUGUGCUAGCGGGCCUUGUGAUAAUGGUGGUGUAUGUACCAAUGGCUUCAAUAUGUACACCUGUGAUUGCCCAGAUGGUUUCUUUGGAGUCAGGUGUGAAUUCAAUCUCGAUGAAUGUGCUAGUUCACCGUGUCUGUUCAACAGCGCAUGCGUGGAUCUGGCUAAUGGCUUUGUGUGUGACUGUAGACAGGGAUUCUCUGGGACACUCUGCGAAAUAGACGAGGAUGAAUGCCGCAGCAAUCCCUGUAAUAAUGGAGGAACUUGCGUGAAUCAACCAGGAUACUUCUUCUGCAAUUGUCCCCUCGGCUAUAAUGGAAUCUUCUGUCAAACUAAUGUUGACGAGUGUGCAAACGCCCCGUGUUUCAAUGGAGCCACGUGUAUUGAUCUGGUGAAUGCAGUCAAUUGUCUUUGUGCACCUGGUUGGACUGGCGACACAUGCUUAUUAGGUGUCAAUGAAUGCAGCAGUAAUCCAUGUCAAAAUGGUGGCUUCUGCCAAGAUAGCGUCAAUGGUUUUACAUGUGUGUGUACUCAAGGAUUCGAAGGUGACCAAUGUCAAACAAACAUCAAUGAUUGCACUGUGAAUUCGUGUAUUAAUGGAGUGUGUAUGGAUGGAAUAAACUCGUAUUCAUGCUUAUGCCCUGAUGGAUACACUGGCCCACGAUGCGAGACAUCUACAUCAUGCGUAGGAACCGUGAUCGUACCAACCUGUGGGUUCGCUCGUCUGACCUCGCCUGGUUACCCUUCUCCAUACAGCAAUAACGCAGACUGUUUCUGGUUCCUGCAGUCUCCCGCAACCACCCGCAUGCGAAUCGUCUUCAUUGCCUUCACCACCGAGGGCCAGUAUGACUUCCUACAGAUCGGUGACGGAACGGACAUCGAUGAUUCUGCUCCUCAGUAUUCUGGUGAUGAACGACCACCAACACCGAUGUUCACGCAGUCGAACCGGGCUUGGAUCCGCUUUAAAACUGAUGAUACAAAGAAUGCUAUCGGCUUUUCGUUAGAGGUUCAAGAUGAAUGCUAUGAGGGCAGUCAGUACGCGUGUCUUAGCAAUCCCUGUCUGAAUGGAGCCCAGUGUACGGAUCAAGGAGCAGACUACACGUGUACGUGCGCAUCGGGCUACACGGGAACAAACUGUGAAACUUCUAUCGCUGACGUGCCGUGUAUCAGCAGCCCUUGUUAUAACAAUGGUGUAUGCAGUAAUGGAGUCGAUGGUUAUGUAUGCACGUGCCCAGCUGCCUUCACCGGUACUCAAUGUCUUACAUCCGUUAACCCAUGCGAUCCUGAUCCUUGUGUUAAUGGUGGAACCUGUCAAACAGACGGUACAUGUGAUUGCUUACCAGGAUUUGAUGGUGACAACUGCGAGAAUAUAAAUACUUGCGAUCCAGACCCAUGUUUGAAUAAUGGUGUCUGUACAACUACAACUGCUGGAUACAGCUGUUCAUGUUCAGGAGGAUUUUCAGGAAGCCGUUGUGAAAGAGGUUCUUGUAGUGACCCUCCAGAGAAAGACUGCUUUAAUGCUGGUACAUGUUACAUCGACACAUUAUCUGGUAUAGCUAUGUGUGACUGCCCACCAACCUGGACUGGUGACAUUUGUGAAACAGAUGCGAAUGAAUGUCUUACCAGCAGCCCAUGUCAGUCAUACCAGCAAUGUACCAACACCAUUGGUGGACACACAUGUGCAUGCCGCAGUGGGAGAACAGGUUCACAAUGUUCAGAAGAUAUUGACGAGUGUGCUAGCAGUCCGUGCAUGAAUAACCGACCGUGUAUCAAUGGUGAUAAUCAGUAUACCUGUGCAUGUGCGCCUGAUUAUUUGGGUACUAACUGCGAAGUUCAAGCUGGUUGUACGAGUAACCCAUGUGCGAAUGGAGCUGCUUGUAUCCCUAAUGGAGCCGCCUAUAGCUGUCAGUGUGAAGCAGGCUUCAACGGAAAUAACUGUGAAUUAGUGGUUGAUGCUACGUCCAGCAGCAUUCUGCAAGUCCUACAGGAACCCAAAUGGAUCGCAGUUAUCGUCGGUGUUGUCCUUGGUAUCGUCUUCAUUAUCGUCGUCUGCACUGUGAUUGUCAAGAAUUGCAAUUCAAACAAAAAUCGUCGAAUCCGUUAUGACGCUGAGCAGGCAGCUCGUCACCACGGUGACGGUGCUCUAGAUGAUGGACGGUUAUCAGCAAUGUCUCGUCAGCAUGGGAUCCCAUCAUCAGCUAGUAAAAAUCAUGCUGAUGAAAACAUCUAUGGCUUUGUGCCUCCAGAUAAUGGCGCUCAUGCUACGGUUGCUGAGGUGAAUAGCUACGAAGCUCCUUGGCCGAUAACAACUGACGAAUUUGAACCACCUAGGACGGUAUUAUAGACUACUCCAACAAUUCUUUGUAUAUACUGUAUUUGAUUUGUACAAACUGAGAAGUAACUAUAUACGUGCGUGCGUGUUUUUAAUUCAAUUCUAUUUUGUUUUGUUUUGGUCUUCUUCUGAAAUUGUUAGUUUGAUUUUAAAUGACAUGUGUUUUUCCUGCGAUACAAUUUCAGUCGUUAAAUUUUGAUUUCAACAAUACAGAUCAGUCUUGAUUAUUUUUUUUUAAACAAUUUAAAAAAAAAGCAUUAUUAUCAAAUAGGAACUAUGGUUCAGUACAUCUAAAUGGAUAUACAUGUAUUAUGACAUUAAUUAUGAUUUAAGCAUCCUGUUAAGUAAGUUUUACCAAAACUAAGAUUAGGUGGAAAAAUAAACAUGAUUGUAUAAGUACUAUGAAUGCAAUGUUUUAUAUAGAAAGUGUUUUUUUAUAUUGAUUGUUAUUUGAAAAGCUGUGUUGGCCUGUUUUAAAACAUUCGCACAUGUACUCUCUCGAUAUCAGUGGCAAAUAAAGAUUAGUACUUUAAAUGGUUUUUAAAGCUGCAUCACACCAAUAAUGUAUCAUCUUGAAUUGUGAAUUCAUAUUUAAACAUUUACACAUGUACUCUCUCGAUAUCAGUGGCAAAUACAAAUUAGUACUUUAAAUAUAGUUUUAAAAGCUGCAUGACACCAACGUAUAUGUAUCACCUUGAAUUGUUUAUUCAUAUUUAACCAAAGUACUCAACUUUUAAAGUAUUGAAUACUUGUAGAUCAUCUUGCAACCGAUAUGGGCUUUCAUAAGAAGUUAUUCGUGUUUUUCGAACCGACUCAUGCUAUAAGGUGUUAUACAGUAUUACAUUCAAAACAGGGUUUCUUAACUGACCUCUUGUAUUACACUUUUAUAUUCUCUCCAGCUCAAUGUCUUUCAUCCAUUUUAAAGAUCACUACUAAACCUUGAAGUCUUACAACUGAUAACAUUUAUCUUCAUUCUGAUUUAAAUUGGAAUAUUAUCUCUGUGUUGUUUGCAGAUUUUACUACAUCAUGUAAAACUGUUUGUUUAUACCUAUAGUUGAUGUACAUAGGUCGCAAGUUUAGUGAUAACUUUGCUCAAUUUGAUGCGUAUAUAUUCUAUGUGUGUACACCUAUCUGUUUAUCAAAAACAAUUAUAUUCACCAAUGUUUUGCAACAGAAUCAGCAAUUCAUAUUAUAUGGAGGUCACUCUAACUGUUAGCUUCAUACUGAAAACCAGAAUGGUGUUAAGAUAUGUUGGACAAGUCUUUAAAGAAAGUAGAAUGUUGAUAUAUCAUGUCCUUUCGACAUAAAAGAAAAAUAAGAUGAAUUUAGUUCUCCUGUUGAAGAAAUGAUAACAAAAGUAUUCCCAUAUGAAAGGAAAUACUGUAUGAGUUUGGCAAAGAUAAUCAGUAUAUAAAAAAGUACUCGAAUAUGUUUCAUUCAUAAUGUGAUAUGAGUGCACAUCCAACAAUGGCGUUCAUUUAAAGUCAAGGCAUUUAUGUAUUCAUUUGAUAAUAACUUUCGUUUUAUAUGGUUUUAUCAUCAGUCAAGAAAAAAAGUGGAAGAGAUAAAGACAAAUAGAACCUCGUUUAAUGAUUGGUUAUAAUAGUUGAUUUCCUUAUAGAUUUUGUGUGCUGGCACACAAUAUGAAAAUAAAAUGAAUUGUGAUUUUGUUUGUAAUGUUUAGUGUGUUUUAUAGGUUUGCAGAUUUGUUUUAUGUCCAAUCAAUUUGACGUGCAGCAUACAAAGCUGAAUAGGCCAGUGUAUUCUAAAUUCUAAUCGUAAGAUUUAUAAUAUGUAUCUGUACAUACUUAUUGCAGUAUUUUAGUAUUUGAUUAAGACUUGUUUUUACAGGAUAUGCUCUAUUGUUAUUUUGAUUGUUCAUAGCAGAGCAA